GAUUGCUGAGCGGUGGCGUUGUUCGGGCGAGCCGACGACGAGACCGUAGCUGUCUGGAAUUUUGUCUCGUGUGUUAAAAUUCGAACGUAUUCUUCAUAUUAGACAUUUUUGUACGUCGGACAAGUUAAUCGUUCCACAUUUUAACACACGCCACUGUUAGUGUCCUGAAUUAGACUGGAGAAUGGCUGCCGCUGAGGUGAACGGUAGUUCUGCCCCAGCAAAGGAGGAAGAGGAGCCCAUGGAUGUGACAACAACACACACAGAGAACUACCAGACGCUCAUUGAUGCAGGGCUGCCCCAGAAAGUGGCUGAAAGUCUAGAUAACAUCUUCCAGACAGGCUUGGUGGCGUAUGUUGACCUAGACGAAAGGGCCAUCGAUGCACUACGGGAGUUCAAUGAGGAAGGGGCACUUACAGUGCUGCAGCAAUUCAAAGAGAGCGACCUGUCCCAUGUACAGAAUAAAAGUGCUUUCCUUUGUGGAGUCAUGAAGACUUACAGACAGAGAGAAAAACAAGGAAGUAAAGUACAGGAGUCCACCAAGGGCCCAGAUGAGGCAAAAAUAAAGGCUCUGUUGGAACGGACAGGAUACACCCUGGAUGUCACCACAGGGCAGAGAAAAUAUGGAGGUCCCCCACCUGAGGAUGUGUUCAAAGGAACACAACCAGGGAUUGGAACUGAGGUGUUUGUUGGAAAAAUUCCAAGGGAUUUGUAUGAAGAUGAGCUGGUGCCGCUCUUUGAGUCUGCUGGUCCCAUCUGGGACCUCAGGUUAAUGAUGGACCCUCUCUCUGGUCAGAACAGAGGUUACGCCUUCAUCACAUACUGCAAUAAAGAUGACGCCCAAAAGGCUGUGAAGCUUUGUGAUAACCAUGAAAUCCGCCCUGGAAAGUACUUGGGAGUGUGUAUAUCUGUUGCAAACAAUCGCCUGUUUGUCGGAUCAAUUCCAAAGAACAAGACAAGAGAGAGUAUAUUGGAAGACUUUGGCAAAGUUACAGAGGGUCUCCAAGAGGUGAUUUUGUACCACCAGCCAGAUGACAAGAAGAAGAACCGUGGCUUCUGUUUCCUGGAGUACGAGGACCACAAGUCCGCAGCACAGGCUCGCCGCCGUCUGAUGAGUGGCAAGGUCAAGGUGUGGGGGAACCCCGUCACUGUAGAGUGGGCUGACCCUGUCGCUGAGCCAGACCCGGAGGUCAUGGCCAAGGUCAAGGUGCUCUUUGUAAGGAAGCUGGCCACAGCGGUGACUGAAGAGCUUCUGGAAAAGACCUUCUCUCAGUUUGGAAAGCUGGAGCGAGUGAAGAAAUUGAAAGACUAUGCUUUUGUCCAUUUUGAAGAAAGGGAUGCUGCCGUAAAGGCAAUGGAUGAGAUGAACGGGAAGGAGCUAGGAGGAGAGGAAAUUGAGAUCGUCCUGGCAAAGCCCCCAGACAAGAAGAGGAAAGAGCGCCAAGCAGCUCGGCAGACCACCAGGAAUGCAGGGUAUGACGACUACUACUACUACCCACCUCCACGCAUGCCCCCACCAGGCCGAGGCAGGGGUCGUGGUGGCAGAGGGGGCUAUGCCUAUCCACCAGAUUACUAUGGGUAUGAAGACUACUACGAUGACUACUAUGGCUACGACUAUCAUGACUACCGUGGUGGCUAUGAAGACCCUUACUACGGCUACGAAGAUGUGUACAGCAUGAGGGGCCGUGGUACUCGUCCCAGCAGGGGGGGGCCUCCUCCACCUAGGGCUCGUGGAGCGCCACCGGCACGUGGCCGUGGCGGCUAUGCCCAAAGAGGGCCUCCCCUUGGUGGUCCGAGGGGUGGUCGAGGAGGAAGGGGAGCCCCUUUCCAGCCGCAGAGGGGCCGCGGUCCUCGCGGGGCCAGGGGCAAUCGCGGAGGUAACGUCGGCGGAAAGAGGAAGGCAGACGUGUUUAACCAGCCUGACUCCAAGCGCCGCCAGACCAACAACCAACAGAACUGGGGGUCCCAGCCCAUCGCCCAGCAGCCCCUGCAACAAGGGGCCGACUAUUCCGGUGGAGAAGCAUUGAGAGCGGCACCACUAGAAUGAGGAACUCACCUGAACGGUACUCAAGGGUGAGCUAGCCUUGCACAGAGUACUGUCUCCUCUCCUGUAGCUAAUUGUAAUCACUGGAAAAACACUAGCCAUAAUUCUACCUUGCUUUUUUUUAAUGUUUCAUUACUAAUAUACUGUACAACGAAUCAAGCUUCUUUUUUUUUUCUUUUUUUUUUAUUCAGUGGGAGUAUAAUUUUUUUUUCCAGGCUAUGAAGAACAAAAGCCAUUAAAGUUGACUCAGGAAUCAUUGGAAAUAUUAAAAUUGUGUUACCAGCAUUUUUCUGGGGUUUAGAGAAAAUAUGACCAGUGCAUUUUGCCUUCCCAGACAUAGUGCACAUUUUUCCCCUGAAGCCAAAUGAAAAGUUGUGCACAAUUUUAAGAACCAAAUGGCUGUUUCUUAAGACUGGAUUAAACAGCCAGAGGGCAGACAGUCAAGGAUUGGGAAAGCGCUAUAAACCCCAAAACCCUGCAAACACCUGUUGCCUGUCUUGGCUUACUGCACCAAAAUCAACUCGGCUGUCUGCACACACAGUCUAUGAAUGGAGGGUGAUGGUGGACAUUUCCCCUCCUACGCCGCUAGAGGUAGCAGUUUCACAACAACACGACCAGAGGGCCAUUAUUCCUUUUAUCCGACGCUCCAUUUAUUGGCCAUUUUCUGAGUUGGAAGGGUGUUGAACAAUAGGUAGAUAUUGACUACAGGAGAUGUUUUUCAAGUGCAUUCAGAAAGCAGUGAGGAUACUGAAUUGAAUAUUGGUAAAAUUGGCUGAUGUUGGAACAAUGGCUGUGCUUCAAAACUGACGUAUGUACUCUUCCAUGCCACAAGAUGGCAGUAUUUAUAUUGCACAGGUAAGACUGAAACAGGGAGCACAGCAUUACAACAGAGAGCUAAUUGUAUCCAUUGACACAUUUUGGUUUGCAUUGAAGUGCCAGCGAAUGCUGGAGUGUCCUUUACAGUUUCUCAUGUCAGAACUGUGUCUUUAUAUGUUGCCUCUUGUCAGCAGGCAGUAAAGGAGCUGCCCCCCAUCCAUGUGAAUGAGUUCACACAAAUGGAAGGGACUGAUUGGUAAGAUUGUUCAUUAUCUGAACUAAUGCUCAGAAAGUCUCGACAUGUUUGUAUUUUUAAAUUUUGUUAUAUUUUUAAAGCAUAAUGUUUGAUGUCCUAGUUGUCUCUAGUUGUCCCUUUAUGACCUCUUUACUUCCCAGAGUCAGUAAGUUCUCCAUGUUGGUUUUUCAUAAGUCAUAUGACUAAUGCUUUUUUUUCAGUUGUAGAUAUACUGCAUCAUAUUAAACGUGAUUAAAUCUCAUGAUUCUGGUGAUGUUGUUGGUGUUGAUGGUCAUUCUGAUGCCGAGAAACUGAUUGACCAACAUUUGUUAAUGUACCCAUGUCUGUGUGGCUCUUUUCUAGUUUUGAGACAGGAGACAGUUCCGCACAAGCUGUGAGCUGGACUCACCCCAGGGUUUCACCUCCCUCAGAAUGGCCUACUUAGUGGACCAUAUACUUCAAGUCCUGUACACAUGGGGACACAAGCUGUCUAACCAGUUUACAGCU